AUGGUGGCCGAUAACAGCAGGAAACCCAAAAUUUCCUUCGCCGCUACUUAUGCCAGCAGCGCCUUCUCCGCUUGUUUUGCUGAGCUUUGUACUAUACCGUUCGACACCGCUAAAGUCAGGCUUCAGCUCCAAAGGGUUGCGGUUGUGGGUGGUGAUGUAAUGGCCUUACCUAAAUACAGGGGCAUGGUGGGCACUGUUGCUACUGUGGCUCGGGAAGAAGGUCUAUUUUCACUAUGGAGAGGAAUUGCAGCCGGGUUGCAUCGCCAGUGCGUGUAUGGCGGUUUGCGAAUUUCGUUGUAUGAACCUAUUAAGACCUUAUAUGUGGGGAAUGACUUCGUUGGAGAUGUUCCUUUAUACAAGAAAAUUGCAGCUGGCCUCACAACAGGUGCUUUCGCGAUCACAAUUGCAAAUCCAACUGAUCUUGUAAAAGUUAGACUUCAAUCCGAGGGAAGAUUACCACCAGGCGUUCCAAGGCGAUAUUCCGGCGCACUGAACGCGUAUUCCACCAUCGUGAGAAAGGAGGGAGUUAAGGCUCUCUGGACUGGAUAUGGAGCUAACGUUACACGUAACUCUGUCGUUAAUGCUGCUGAACUAGCCAGUUAUGAUCAAGUGAAGCAGACACUUCUGAAAAUUCCCGGAUUUAAGGACAAUGUUGGCACUCAUCUUCUCUCUGGUCUGGGGGCAGGUUUCUUUGCCGUCUGCAUCGGCUCACCAGUUGAUGUGAUUAAGUCAAGAAUGAUGGGUAAUUCUGGUGCUUACAGAAACACGAUUGAUUGCUUCGUUAAAACUUUGACGAACGAAGGACCUAUGGCCUUUUACAAGGGCUUCUUUGCAUAUUAUAGUCGGCUAGGAUCUUGGAAUGUGAUCAUGUUUCUAACCUUUGAGCAGGCUAAGAAGUUCAUGAGAGGUUUAGAAUCAAAAUGA